GCUGUAUCAUCACCGUCCACGACCCACGACUACAGCUAUGCCUACAACUCGCUCGCUGUCAUCGACAGCAGCAGGAGGAGAAGCAGCCGGCGAUCUGCCGGCCCUACUAGCUAGAGUCGCAGCCGGUGACCUCUCUCCGGCAACAGCGGCGUCCCAGCUCGCCCCGCUGCUGGUGUCUGGCGGGGCCCAGGCCGAGGACGUCGGCGGGUUCGCGAAGAUCGACCACGACCGGCGAAGGCGUGUCGGCUUUCCCGAGGUCGUGUUCGGCGACGGCAAGUCCGCCGAGCAGAUCGCCGACAUCCUCGCAGCCAUGAUCCGGGAAGCAAGGGCUGGCAGUCGCGUCGCGGCCGAAGCAGCAGCUGUACAUGCAGCAGCAGCAGCAGUAGCGACGACCACUCCUGCGGAGGCUGGUGAUGAUGCAACAGCAGCAUCGGGUGACGACAGCGAUGCCACUGGUGGUGGUAGCCCGGUCGUUGCCACCAGAGUAUCUCCCGAGAAGUGGUCGGUCAUCUUGGAGGCCCUCCCCGGGCAGCUGACCUACCACGCCGAUGCCCGAAUCGUGUCGUUCGGAGGACCGCCACGGCGCCGCCGUGCGGCGGGAGACGGGGCUCCGGGGGGCUCGAUAGCGACAAGUAUUGGGAGGGUGGCGGUGCUGAGCGCUGGGACGUCGGACCUUGCCGUCGCAGAAGAAGCAGCCGUAUUGGCGGAGCUGGCCGGGGCAGAGGAAAUGGCUGGCAUACACCGGCUACUCGGCGCAAUCCCGUCCGUGCAGAAGGCGGGGGUGGCCAUCUGCGUUGCCGGAAUGGACGGCGCGAUGCCGGGGGUAGUGGCCGGGUUAGUCAAGUGCCCCGUCGUGGCUGUGCCUACCAGCGUCGGGUACGGAGCAGCUAUGUCCGGCCUUGCCCCCCUGCUAACGAUGCUCAACGCAUGCGCGCCGGGGGUAUCGGUGGUAAAUAUCGACAACGGGUUCGGGGCUGCCGCCUUCGCCGUGAAGCUGCUCAAGAGCAGCAAGGUCGUCACCGCGACGCCGGAAACGCAGCAAUGACCAUUGCUGUGAGGGCUUUGUUGGUUGACUUCUUUUUGCGUGUGCCGACGAGCUUU